ACCCAAUGGAUGAAGCUGUAAAGAACGACAUCAUGUCGUACUCGCCUACGAUAUCCCAUUAUCGUAGGGAACAUGCUCCCAACGUUCUGUAUCUGCCGACGGAUUUAACUUGCCAAGCUAUGUAUGAUUCUUUCCAUGACAAACGAUUAAAACAAUCUCUCGAAUCGUGCAGCUAUUCAUUUUACAAUAAGAAGCUAAAUAAAAUGAAUAUAAGGUUCACGAAAUUGGGGCAUGAACUGUGCGAAAGAUGCCGCGAAGCCGAAAUACACAUGAAAUUGGCUAACCACGUCGUUCAAACCACCGGUGAAUCUGAUUUCCUCGAAGAAGGGUAUCCUGAGGCGGACCGUUGCGCAGAUUCUAGUGCGGAUGAUGAAGAAGAAAGCAGUGUGAACCCUCCGGAGGAUUGUGUCAAAUGUUUGCAGUGGCAGGAGCACAAAAAUGUGGCGAUUCGGUCAAGAUGUGAAUAUGACAGAGAUAAGACUAUGUUCAACGGGCUGGCUGUAUCUGUAGAUUUACAGAAAGUGAUUCAGCUGCCAAGAAUGGAAGGUUUCAAGGAGGUUAUAUUCUCCAGACGUAUCAUCGCUAUGAACGAAACCUUUGCACCUUUGGGAGGCCAAAAGAAAGGUCCAACGCAUGCUGUCGUCUGGAACGAAAUAAUUAGUGGUCGGAAGGCAUGCGACAUUAUUAGUUCUUUUACGCAAAACCUACUUGUUAACAAGGAUCAAGAGCAUAUUCUUUAUUGGCUUGAUAAUUGUUCAAGCCAGAACAAAAAUUGGGACCUCAUGCUCCAUAUGAUUCUGAUCGUCAACUCAUCGAUGAUAUCGACUAGAGAUGUAACCUUCAAGUAUUUGGAAAGUGGCCAUACUUUUAUGUCGGCCGAUGCAUUUCACGCAGCCGUGGAGAGAAGGAUGCGCCUGUUCAACAAAGGGGAAAUUCCUACAUAUCCUGAUUUUGUAAACUGCAUCAAACAAGCCAACGGUGAUCCAGAACCGAUUGUUACAUCCAUGGAGUAUAAUGACUUCUUUGAACCAACCUUCCAUUUUAAGCCGUCGGUAAUUAGCAGAUUGAAGGACCGACCAAAGCUAGCCAAUAUAAAAACAGUGAAAUUUUCGAGGGGAUCGUACGAAUUUCACUAUCGGAACGAUUUUUCGACGGAGUGGAAACAUUGCUCUGUUUUCACCAACAAGCAGUUGAAGCAGAUUCGAAAGAACAGUUUUGACUUCAAAUUGACGCUGAAGUACCGCGAAGCUUGUACCGGAAUCGAAAAAAGCCGAAAAGAUUUUAUACUGCGCAAACUGUGUUCAUUGAUGCCUGCAGGGAAGCGUACGUAUUGGCAAGACCUGCCAGAAGUUGAAGUUGCGGAGGAGUUUUGA